AUGAACUCUGCGGCGCCUGCAUCGGGCAAACCAUCUACCCGAUCAUCAUCUACGGGCUACCGCCAAAAGGCAUUAGCAGAGAUCCGGAACUCACUAUUGCCCUUUGCAAAUAUUGGUGGCUGCGACAGCAGCGCUGCCAGCUGCGUGUCAAGUCUUUCAAGUGCUUCAGGAUCAGCCACAUCUGGUAUUGGGUCUGUGUCUGGUCUUAGUUCUCUUUCAAACAACUGUGUCGAUAAAGAGAUUAACGCUUUACGGCAGACAAUUUCUCAAUUCAACGCAAUGGGGUAUACCGAAGAAGCAUCAUUAAGAGCACUUACAAUAUCUGGAGGACGGUUUGAAGGGGCUCUAGAUUUUUUAGCUAAACAACAGCAAUGUGAUCUGUCCAACGGAUGUAGCAAAUCUUCAUCAGGACUAUGUAGUAGUAAUAAAUUGAUCAGAAAAUCAAGUUUAGAAAGAAGUGGAGUUGGACCAAGGAGUAGUCCUGGCCAAGAUAGUGGUGCAGGAAGCUCUAGGUCAGAUAGUCCAAGACAACCUGAUCUAGUCAUUCACUCUCAUCCACCCUUAUCGCGCCAAUAUUCUCCUUCUGCGUAUUCAGAAACUCCUCCACCACCCCCGCCUAGGAACAAUAGUACACCACCACCUCCUCAUGUACCGACACACAUGCAACAAUUGCUUAAGCGUAUGUCACCAGCCCCUGCUGUUCCUUCACGACCACCUGCACCUACACCAGGAACUUCAAGUAGUUCCAAUCAAAGAGGUAGUUCACCGAUGGUAGUUCAAAAUGGUCCUCAAGCACAGCAACAAUUAUCUCAACAGAUGCAAGUCUUAAGUAUGACUAGUGCUGCUGAACCACCCCCACCUUAUCCAAUAGUUGGAGCUCCACUACCACCACCCUCAUACUCUGUAUCAAUUCAAGAAUACCGGAAAUCCCCUUCUUCAGGAGUGUUUUCAAAUGCAGGGUCAUCUAGUCCUGUAUCUGGAUCAACAAAUGGAAGUAUGUCAUCCUUAACUCGACCUACACCUUUGCUAGCUUGGGGAGCUAGACAAACUAAAACUCAGUCACCAAUUAUAAUGCAAUCUGUACGAAGUACUUUAGUCCAAAAACCUGUACUUCAAACUGCUGUUGCACCACAAGCUCCAGCACCUACUUCUCCCUCCCCAGUUCCACCACCGUCUUAUGCAUCAUCUAUUCAACAAAAACAACAAGCUCAAAAAGCAGUUCAACAACCUCAACAAGCGUCAUUGUCUUCGCCCCCAUCAGUUGUACCAACAACUGAACCUCCUAGCUAUGCAAGUACUAUGCAAGCGCUGGCUGCCCAUCGAGUAAUUACUAAUCCAUUGCCACCACCACCACCAUAUGCUGAGGAUCAUCAACAUAGGAAACCUACUCCUCCAUUACCACCUAUUCCAUCAUCAUCUGUGGCUAAAAACAAAAUGAUGAACUGCAUGAACUAUCAUCAUCCUUUUCAUAAUAAUAAUAAUAAUAAUAAUAAUAAUGGCAUUACUAACGGUCAUGAUGAAGAAGAUGAGAAUCAGUCAAAAAUUGAUCACCAGUCCCCUAUUCCAGAGCGCAAACUUAUUAGUAAGGAGAAAGAAGAAGAAAGACGGGAGUGUAAAGUAAAAAAUUAUUCUCCUCAAGCAUUUAAAUUCUUCAUGGAACAACAUGUAGAAAAUGUUAUCAAGUCACAUAAACAAAGAGUGUUUAGACGUGUUCAGCUCGAGACAGAAAUGGUUAAAAUAGGUUUGAGUGAAGAAGCUCAGUGUCAAAUGAGAAAAAUGUUAUCACAAAAAGAAUCAAAUUACAUACGUCUUAAACGAGCAAAAAUGGACAAAACAAUGUUUAUAAAAAUCAAACCGAUUGGAGUUGGUGCUUUUGGUGAGGUUACAUUAGUUAGGAAAAUAGAUACAAAUCAUUUAUAUGCCAUGAAAACAUUGAAAAAAGCACAUGUACUUAAGCGUAAUCAAGUUGCCCAUGUAAAAGCUGAAAGGGAUAUACUUGCAGAAGCCGAUAAUGAGUGGGUUGUUAAACUAUAUUAUUCGUUUCAAGAUAGAGAAUACUUAUACUUUGUUAUGGAUUAUAUUCCUGGUGGAGAUUUAAUGUCAUUGUUAAUCAAACUGGGAAUAUUUGAAGAACAUUUGGCUAGGUUUUAUAUUGCUGAAUUGACUUGUGCUGUAGAGAGUGUCCAUAAAAUGGGUUUUAUCCAUAGAGACAUCAAGCCAGAUAAUAUAUUGAUUGAUAGAGAUGGUCACAUUAAACUCACCGACUUUGGAUUGUGUACUGGGUUCAGAUGGACUCAUAAUUCAAAAUAUUACCAAGAUGGUGAGCACUGUAGACAAGACUCAAUGGGUGGUGGUGAAGAGUGGGGUGUAAAUGGUGCAGAGUGUAGGUGUCACCAGUUAAAACCUUUAGAGAGGCGACGUCGGCGAGAACAUCAAAGGUGUGAAGCUCAUUCUUUGGUUGGAACGCCAAACUAUAUUGCCCCUGAAGUAUUGCUUCGAACAGGUUACACACAAUUAUGUGAUUGGUGGAGUGUAGGAGUCAUUCUUUAUGAGAUGUUGGUUGGAUCGCCUCCAUUUCUUGCCAACACCCCCUCUGAGACUCAAUACAAGGUUAUUCAUUGGGAAAAUACUCUUCAAAUACCAGCAUCUGCUAACCUAUCACCAGAAGGUGCUGAUCUUAUACUAAAGUUGUGCACUUGUAAAGAAAACCGCUUGGGUAAGAAUGCUGAUGAAGUCAAAAUUCAUCCAUUCUUCCAAGAUAUAGAUUUUGAGAGAGGAAUGAGACGUCAUAAUCCUCCACAUGUGCCACGCAUACAGUUUUCAACUGACACAUCUAACUUUGAUCCUAUUGAUCCAGAACGUCUUCAGAACUCUGAUUCUUCUGAUCCGGAUAAUAGGAGUUCUGAUUCUGAUGGUAAUCGUCCAUUCCAUGGAUUCUUUGAGUUCACCUUCAGGCGUUUUUUUGAUGAUGGCGGUGGUCCAUCCAGAAUUAGUCUGGAUGAUAAUGAUGGCCAAGGUGCUGUUUAUGUUUGA